CUUCCGCCGCUCGCGGGGCCCCGGAGCCGCUCCGAGCGAGAGAGCCCGGCGCGCGCGGAGCUGCGGCCGCCCGCGCCAGGCUCCCUGCGCUGGGAUCCUAGCGCCCUCCUGCCGCUGGCCCGGCGAGCGGAAAGGGAGCGAGGAGGAGAGCUGCAGCCAAGGGGACCGAAGCGGCAAAGGGAGAGGGAGGAAGGGGCGGCAGAGCGAGAGAAACCCCAGCUCCCCAGCGCCGACUGACAGAGCCGGGGAGAGAUGACAUCGACGGGGAAAGACGGCAGCGCAGCGCAGCACGCACAGUAUGUUGGACCCUAUCGCUUGGAGAAAACCUUGGGCAAAGGACAGACAGGGCUUGUGAAGUUGGGGGUUCACUGUGUAACAUGUCAAAAGGUCGCGAUAAAAAUUGUCAACAGAGAGAAGCUCAGCGAGUCGGUGCUAAUGAAGGUGGAGCGGGAAAUAGCCAUCCUGAAGUUGAUAGAACACCCCCAUGUUUUAAAGCUGCAUGACGUUUAUGAAAAUAAAAAAUAUUUGUAUUUGGUGCUAGAACAUGUGUCAGGUGGGGAGCUCUUCGACUAUCUCGUAAAAAAGGGAAGAUUAACGCCAAAAGAAGCCAGGAAGUUCUUCCGACAAAUCAUCUCUGCUUUAGACUUCUGCCAUAGUCAUUCAAUAUGCCACAGGGAUUUAAAACCAGAAAACCUACUGCUGGAUGAAAAGAACAACAUCCGGAUAGCAGACUUUGGGAUGGCAUCACUGCAGGUCGGGGACAGCUUGUUAGAAACCAGUUGUGGGUCGCCACAUUAUGCCUGCCCUGAAGUGAUCAGGGGAGAAAAAUAUGAUGGGAGGAAAGCGGAUGUCUGGAGCUGUGGAGUCAUUUUAUUUGCAUUGUUAGUGGGUGCCCUGCCAUUUGAUGACGACAACUUGCGGCAGUUGUUGGAGAAGGUGAAGCGGGGUGUGUUCCACAUGCCACAUUUCAUCCCUCCGGACUGUCAGAACCUCUUGCGGGGGAUGAUUGAAGUGGACGCCUCGAAACGUCUCACGCUAGAACACAUUCAGAAACACAUAUGGUAUAUAGGGGGUAAAAAUGAACCAGAACCAGAGCAACCAAUUCCUCGAAAGGUGCAGAUUCGCUCUCUCCCUUCCCUGGAGGACAUUGAUCCAGACGUGUUAGACAGCAUGCACUCCUUAGGCUGCUUCCGCGACCGAAAUAAACUCUUACAGGACCUGUUGUCGGAAGAAGAAAACCAAGAGAAAAUGAUUUAUUUUCUUCUCCUUGAUCGGAAAGAGAGGUAUCCCAGUCAUGAGGAUGAGGACCUGCCCCCUCGGAAUGAAAUAGAUCCCCCCAGGAAGCGUGUGGACUCCCCAAUGCUGAACCGGCAUGGGAAGCGGCGGCCAGAGCGGAAGUCGAUGGAGGUUCUCAGUGUGACGGAUGGCGGUUCCCCGGUCCCAGCUCGCAGAGCUAUUGAAAUGGCACAGCAUGGACAGAGGUCUCGGUCGAUCAGCGGAGCUUCAUCUGGUCUCUCCACCAGCCCCCUCAGCAGUCCAAGGCCUAUCAGGAAGUUUUUCAUCCCCCCUCAGACUCCUGACCUCCCUUUCUCCCCCCGACCCCAAGUCUCCUUGGACCCUGAUGCUUGUAGGAACGCCUCCAGGCCUGGACAUGUUCUCCAACCAAAGCCAACACUUCAGUCCAACCCAAAGACGCAGACUUUGCCAUCCAAGAACAAAUUGGCUGAGAAACCGCUCCAGUCUACCAAAUCCAACCCGCUCCCUGCCAGCAAUGCCAACGCCCCCUCUUCUCGCAAUCCCCCUGUGCAGAAUGCUCAGGGCCGCCCACCCACUGCUGGCUUUAGCCCCCAGCUGGCCAUUCCUACAGUGCAGGCCAACCCUAUGUCUCCUGUUAGAUUACUCCCUUCUAGUACUGACCCAAGCACCAAAUCUAUCCCCAUCAUACAGGUCACCCCUCACCCCUCUCCAAGGGGAAGUCCCCUCCCUACCCCCAAGGGGACACCCGUCCAUACGCCAAAGGAGAGCCCAGCAGGCACACCCAACCCAACACCACCAUCCAGCCCCAGCAUUGGAGGAAUGCCCUGGAGGACACGGCUUAACUCAAUCAAGAACAGCUUCCUGGGGUCUCCUCGGUUCCAUCGCCGGAAAUUGCAAGUACCUACACCAGAGGAGAUGUCCAAUUUAACCCCGGAAUCUUCCCCAGAGCUUGCCAAAAAAUCCUGGUUCGGUAACUUCAUCAACCUGGAGAAAGAAGAACAGAUCUUUGUGGUCAUUAAAGAUAAACCACUAAGCUCCAUCAAGGCUGACAUUGUGCACGCUUUCCUUUCGAUUCCCAGCCUCAGUCACAGCGUCAUCUCACAGACAAGUUUCCGAGCAGAAUACAAGUCCACAGGGGGUCCCGCUGUCUUCCAGAAGCCAGUGAAGUUCCAGGUGGACAUAACAUACACAGAAGGGGGCGAGGCACAGAAGGAGAAUGGGAUCUACUCAGUUACUUUCACGCUCUUAUCAGGUCCAAGCCGUCGCUUCAAGAGGGUAGUAGAAACCAUUCAGGCACAGUUGCUAAGCACACAUGACCAGCCUUCAGUGCAGCAGUUAUCAGGAAUUAUCCCGAAAAGUUAACAUGUCAGCCACGGCUUCACCUUCUGUGCUCUGCGGACACUUGUUGACGGAAGGAAACCGAUGUAGACUGUCCAAGGACCAGUCCUGUUUGAGGUUCCCAGCCUCCCCCUCUGCCCCCAGGAAAUGGGUUUCUCCCCCACCUCCUCCCAAACACCUCCCCAACACACACUUUUUCUCUUUUUCUUUUUGGUGCUCCACGAGGGAGAUCUGUUCAGUAAUGGGAUUGCACAACCUGGGCUGGAAGCAGGUUGCAAUUGUUGGAGCGACACCAUUGCCCUUGACAACAUUCAUCGGUGCAGGUGAACUCAGACUGACAGGGGGAGGGGGGCAAGAAACAAGGGGAAAUGUUACCAUGAAACCAGGGAGCACUCUCAGCCAAAACCACCAAGGAGCGAGUAAAAGCAAAGCAUCGAACCAAGACAAUAUCGGGGAGUUUCACUGUGGGAUUUUCUCAACCUCCUUCCCCCCCCAACCCAACCCUUUCCUUUUGUUUUUGUUUUUUUUUUUAAAUUGUGUUUGUUUUUUAUACUCUUAUCAUUUUGCUUUUCGACCUGCUGGGGGGGAUCCCCUCGUGGGGGUGGGGGGAAUGAACAAACACAAAAACAAACAAACAUUAAAACAUAGGGAAAAGGCAACAUUCGGCAGCAAAAGAGGUGGGCAAGGAUUCUGCCUCGCUGAGAACAGUCUCUUGCCACCAACUGCCGUUGCCCCUGCUGCUGCUCCUUCUUCUUCUUCAUCUUCCUCCCCCGUCUUCAACUCCCCGCCUACCACACUGCCGGGUUGGGACGUUUUUCCACCACCUGGAUCUGCCAACACACCCUGCAUUUGGAUGCAACUGUCGUGUCGCUCGUGGUGCAUCAAUAUCAGUAUUAUUAUUUAUUUGCUGGUUUUGAUUUAUUUAUUUGAUUUAUUGGGCUUUUCAACAAACAGAAGAAGAAGAAAAGAGGAUAAUUUGGGGGGUAUUUUUCCAUGUGUGUGCAUGUGCAUACCACUGGCACUUAGUUCAUUUGAGUGAGACGAGGAGUCAGUGCUAUGGGCAAGUGAAUCACGAAGCUACUGUAAACUUUAAAAAUUACUGCAAGAUAUUUUUAUAAAUCUUUUUUUUUCAAAGGGGGCUGGUGGGUGGGAGUGGGUGGGUGAGGACUGUUUUUUGUGUUUAAGUUAUUAUUAGGUCUUGGUUAUUUAUAUAUACAUAUAUAUUUAAAAAUUUAAGCUGUUAGAUAGAUCUUCUGUUUUGUUUAAUUACUGUGUAGUGGCAACACUGAUUCCUAUUUAUUUUGGGGAGGGGGGAAAAAAAGGUAGAAAAGACCUUAAAUGUUCCUCUUGCAAACUUGACUUUUGGGGGGGGGGUCUUUUUCCCCUGGGAGCUACAUGACCAAGUGUAAUUUAUUCUGGCCCAAGAUCAAACAAACAAACAAACAUGGUUGUAAACGUCAAAGACAAAAACACAAUGAGAAAGACUUCUUUACUGAGGUUUUAAAAAUGUAGGGUUAGCAGUAGAGUGCAAGUCUCAUAUGACCUUCAAUUGCUGUUUGUUGGGUUCCUCUGGGUGUAUGUUGUACUACAAGAAUUUUUAUUUUUUCUAAAUGAUAACGUUGGACAGUUUCUGUUUUUUUGUUGUUGUUGUUGUUUAGUUUGUUUUCCCCCUCUUCGACCAGUUUCACUUGUACAUAGGUUUGAAGAUUAAAAAAAAUAAGUAAGGCACAAUUGGGAUUAACCCUUGACCUUUCCUUGUCCCCCCAAAUAUAAGAGAUUUUAUUUAUUUAUUUUUGAGUUGUUUUUAAUUUAUUAUUUUUUUCCUAUUCUUAAAAUUGUAUUGCUGUGUGCAUGUCAGAUGCCAUGGGGGUGAUGGCUGGGGAUGGGGGGGAGGCCAGGGUGCAGGAGGGGGGGCAGUUUUAAUUGCAUGACAUUGCUGUAAAUUAGUCUCUUUUGCUUUCGUUGUCUUUCCUGCCUCUGCCCUCUCUCUCUGCCUCUCCUCCACGAUCUCCUGCGACCACCUCCAUCCUCUUUUCCCUCUUUUCUCUAUGUGUAUAGAUUUUUGAUGCUUCUGUUACAUUGUACCUCUACAAAAGGCUGGGAUUUCGAUACAAAAUAAUAAUAAUAAUUUACAAAAAACAAAAACAAAAAAAAACCUAUAUCAGCAAAAUCCAUGCAGUACAAGCAGGAAGGGGAUUACUUACACAAGAUAUAAGAAUAAACGAAAGCAAUACCUCUUGUUAUCCUUCCGAUUUUGUACUUUGACGACACACAUGCGCGCACACACACACACUCACAGAAACAAACUGACAUUAUUUAACAGUUUAAAAUGGACAAAAAAUCUGAUGUAUCCCUUGUUAAAUAACUGUGAGCAACUUUAGUUCAAAAAACAAUAAAUUCAUUCAGUAAAGACACUA